UUUCAAUAGCCUUGACGAGGACCGAGGCGGAAUCAUGACGCCCCCACCCCCCUCACCCUGCUUGAAACCCACCGUGACGGAGGAGGAGGAAGAAGUGUGAAGCGGGUGCUGAGGGUUCGAUGCUUCGGGGAAGAGGGUGCGAGGUGCUAGCUGCAGGAGAGGCUGACAACCGAGGCAGAUCGUUCGAAGUUGCUCCAGUGUGCUACGACUGUAGGGGUGCUAGUUGUUGUUCAGGCAGAGCUUGUGAACCGCAAUUGUGUCGUAAGCUGUUGUCUCCACUGGCGGAGAGUAUAGUAGGUGCACGACGUGUAGAUUUGGCCUGAAGCGAGGGGGCGCAUCGAAGCUGAGAGAAGCAAUUUUGGGGUGGUUGGCUUGCUUGGUGCGGCUUGCGCUGGUCCGAAGACUUUGUGUGCAAGUGAUGACGGGUUAGGCUGCCGGUGGGGUUGUGUGCAGUGCGUGGGACUUGUCCUUGUGGACGAACCUCUAGCGCGGGAGUACGGCGUCCUUGCUUCGAGUAAAGAGGGUUCUUUGCGUUGGUUCAGGCUUUUCCGCUUUUAGGUGUCGAAAUUUUGUAAGGGCGGUGCCGGGCUUCACGACCCAGGGCCGAUCCGUGUUCUGCUGGAUCCGUAGCGUGGGUAGUUUGUUUUUCUGGUGGGAGGCUUUUGUGACAGUGGGCGUCUGGUAUCUGACAAAUGCCUGGUAGGUUUAUUACAACUACAUGCAGCUCGACUUCUAGCUGGUUACGAGAUCGACUGUUGGUUCGUUUUUGUAAGGUUGGCUGUAGUCCCCUGGCAGCUUGUUUCCUUGCGGAAGGUAUUGUGGACGCCAGCGCUCGCUGUUCCGCUGUCGGGGUUUCCUGAUAGAUGUGAGAUAGAAAACAAGGCCGUUGGUGCUUGGGGUUUGUAGGAGCAUCGGCUAUCAAUACACACCUGUUUACUGUUUCAUCUACUGGGAAGCUAAGGACGUCGAAAUCAUUCAGGUUUCCCUCUCGUGUCGGAAUCCAAGCGCAACAUGAGUGAGCAAUCCCUCACGUGAUAUACGCCUUCUCUUUCUCUCUCACCCUCCCCCUCCCAUUUACCUUAAAACAUUACUGCCUGAAGCUCUCAGUGAUCACACUCGGAUUCCCACUUUCCCAAAUUCCCAUAGCAGGGCACGUUGUAUCAGAGAAUUCUAGCUUACGACAAUCCUCUCGAACACUGGGGGGUGCACCAUUCAUCCUGCGUGAUGUAGAUCUCGGUGAAAUAGGAAAGGAAUCGUCUUGGUUUCUAUCUCGGAGUCACUCACCCAUCAUCGGUGGUGGGCCUGGUCAAUCUCGAAAGUGACCCGCGUGUUUGGUUGUCUUUUCAAGGAAAACCCCAGUUUGUGCAAAAGCCAAGACGCAAGAAUGACUCAGAUUGAUGCACCGUGGGGGAUCGUGAGGGGCCAUCACGAGAAGCUGUGGGAAGAUAGGUACAAGCAGGCGGCGGCGGAGAACUUCGGGCAUGUUUGCAUGGCCGGGGUGGAGGGUGGAGCAGAGAUGGGCUCCCGACCCUCUCCGCCAGGAGGGAACUCCUCAGACGAAGAGCAAAGCGGAAGCAGCGUGCCUGGCCGACCACGUAAACGCAGCAAGGGGAAGAGCAAACCACCACCUGGACCCGGUGAACCUUCUCGUAAACCCCGAGGUCGUCCUCCUGGCUCCAAAAAUAAACCUAAACCUCCAGUUAUUAUCACCAGGGAGAACGGGAAUGCCAUGAGACCCCACAUCCUGGAGGUUGCAAGUGGGCAUGAUGUUUGGGAGAGCGUUGCAGACUUCGCUCGUCGGCGACAGAGAGGAAUUUGCGUCAUGGGCGGAAGCGGGACUGUGACGAAUGUGACUCUACGGCAAUCUACAACGCCCGGGGCGACUGUUACCAUCCACGGCCGCUUUGAAAUCAUCUCGCUCUCUGGGUCGUAUUUGCCUCCACCGUCUCCAACUCCUCCAGCAGGGCUUACAACGGGGCUCACAAUUUCCUUUGCGGGGGCGUCGGGGCAAGUUUUGGGUGGGUGUGUUGUAGGAGCGUUGAUGGCGGCCAGCCCAGUUUUGGUGGUUGCGACGUCGUUCACGGGCGCAACGUAUGAUCGGCUUCCGCUAGCGGAGGACGAGCCGCCGAUGCUGCAAGUGACAGUAGCUUCAGCUGCACCGACAAUGCAAUCACCGGAUUUGUCCUCUUAUAACCCAUCGACUGCAUUACAAAACUUGUAUAACAUAGUCCCACAGAGCAAUCCGAACCUGAACAGCCAGCAGGCAGCGCAAUUGGCGACGCCGCAGGAUGUUAUCAAUCCUUGGGCAACUGGUAGUGGGCACACGCAACGGCCCCAACCUUAUUGAGUACGAGAUUGUACUAUAUCGCUAUGUCCAUGAUCUUUGUUCUACCGAGUCGGUCACGUGGUUUUGUGGAUUGAUCACAAUUGGAGCUUUUUUUGUCACUCGAGUCAGGUAUCAAAUAUGGUAUUUUUAAGGUAUGCACGCCCCUCCAAAUCUCGAAGCCCCCAGAUACCGUCUGCUUAAAAUCCAGUGCAUAGGACAUUUAUUCAUGGGACCUUUUACAUUUCCCCACACCCCCGCCUCCUCCCCCCUCCCCCCACCCCCUAAAAAAUUUAUGUACAUGAUAGUGUCGAGCAACCCGUGAGUGACUUGCCACCUAUCCUUGAAAAUGAUGUGAAGCAGCUCUUUUUAUUGCACUGAUCUUCAGUGGCGAUGCUCGCCAUCGUAUUCCUCACUACUUCCGUGUAAUAAGCGGAUUCAGUUCAUACGAUAACAAACAGACAGUAUGACAGCCGAGGUUGGCGUUGGUGGGGUCAUACUUGAUGCCUGUCGAUGAUCGAUAACACCCGUUGGGAUCAUAAUCAUAGCUUUCCCUGGAUUUUCCUUGAAAAUAUAUCCAGGUUUCAUUUAAGAAUAAGGCUUGGUAGGUAAUAGCAAAGGUCGAGAUGGACCAUUAGCAUUGUAGUACUUUUUAUGUCUUGCAAGAGAAACAAACUGAGACGACUUGAGUCCUUGUGGUUAUGUCUAAACGCCGCCCGUUCUUUAUCACCGUACUUAGGGCCCUAAACCUCUCUUGAUCAUUUUCACUUGCAGCAAUUUUGCUAGUAAGUAUAAAUUCGACCGUAGAUGAGUUGCCCGCAGCAUGUUGGGUUCCGGGAACAUGAGAACUUGGGUGGUUCAUGCAAAACAGUGUCCGGCUGCAGUCCCCUUCUGGGAUACCGAGGUCUGAUUUAUUCAACAUUUGUACUGCGAGCUCAGCUCUGCAUCAAUGCGUAGAUGAAAUGCAUGUUGUAGAGCUGGCCCAACUAUCAAUUGAAAAUCAGGCACUUGAUCUGCCAACUUCAAAAUUUUA